ACCAAUGAUAAGCUGGUGCUUAUCUUCGUAACAAGAAGGAGAGAGAAGAGAUAAGAGAGAGUAUUAAUUUGUUAAUUGAUCAUUUGAUAAAGUUUUCCAUAAGGGACACUCCCUCUUUAAUAGAGAUGAAAUACCAAAACAACAUAGCAUCAUCUAAUAAUACUUAUCCUUUAUUCAAACCCUCCUUCUCACAAGGAGUCUCUUCUCACUCUCAUGCUUUACUCAGCCACUUCUCUUCUUCUGGCUUCUACUCUUCUUCUGCACAAACCCCAAUGGAACAGCUAGCUUAUCACAUACCCAACGACCAAAUAUCAAUGGCCUCUGUCCACGUAUGCAAAUUGUGAAAAGAAACUGUGUGGUUUUAGAUGGGGUCCAUGAGCAGAGACCAUAGUUGAAGUCUUAUUCGACUUUAAACAAUAAACUCAAAAAUGGAAAUUAAUAAUUAAAAAUGUUAAAUUUUGUAAAGAUUUUUCUUACAAAGAGAUUGAGAGAAAUCUUUACUCUGUUAGGGUGGUGUGUAGUAUAUAUACUGAGGCACGAGUGAAUGUGAAGAGACCCAACAAAGAUUAUACAAUCGCGAGAGGCUUCUCUGUCUAGUUGUGAAACAGAAGAAAGAAUCAAUCUUUCGUCAAUGGAGCCUGACGUGGUGGAGAUCGCUCCUCCUCUGUUCCCUUCUGGUUCGAGAACUCGUAAACCUAGAAAGGCUGGAAUUCCUGAAGUGAUCGAUGUGGAACACUAUGAGUUUCGCAAUGGUGGUCUUGUUAGUAAUAACAACAAUGCUAACCUUGUCGAUAAGAAGAACAAAGGGAAGUCUAUACAAGACGGCUCCUUUUAUGAUCAUUUGGCUGAUGAAGAAGUGGUGAUGUCUACUACUCACCCUUGGGGGUUUCCGAGUUCUAGCAGCAAGAGAUCAAGAAGAAGCAGUUCUAGACCUUUUAAUCGUGACGCUUCCGCUAGCUCUUCUCGUCCUAGAGCUGCUGUGGAGGUUGUUGUUUCUUCAGCCCAGGCUAACUUUCUGCGGGACUUUAAAAGAUUUGACACUGUUGAUAAUUUCUCACAACAUCACUAUGCUUCUCAGGGGAACGCUUCAAAGCAGCACUCAAGGACUUGGGUGAAAAAGGUUCAAGCAGACUGGAAGAUUCUUGAGAAUGAUUUGCCAGAGGCAAUAUCUGUGAGAGCCUGUGAAUCAAGAAUGGAUCUUAUGAGAGCUGUAAUUGUUGGAGCAGAGGGGACUCCUUACCAUGACGGUGUUUUCUUUUUCGACAUUCACUUCCCUGACACCUAUCCUUCAGUGCCACCAAUGGUUCAUUACCAUUCUGGUGGGCUUAGAAUCAACCCAAAUCUAUACAACUGUGGUAAAGUAUGCUUGAGUCUUCUCGGUACCUGGAAUGGUAACGCUAGGGAGCAAUGGCUACCACAGGAGUCCACAAUGUUACAGCUUCUCGUCUCAAUCCAAGCACUCAUCUUGAAUCAAAAGCCUUACUUUAACGAACCUGCCUACGGGAGGACCAAGGGGACUCCAUCAGGCGAGGCUCAUUCCAAAUUUUACAGUGAGAACGUAUACGUUUUGUCGUUGAGGACAAUGGUUUACAGCAUGAGAAAACCACCCAAGCACUUUGAAGAGUUUGUUCGUAGCCAUUACUUUGAGCGGGCUCACGAUAUAGUGAAAGCGAGCAAUGCUUAUAUAGAUGGAGCUCCUGUUGGUUCUAUAGUUAAAGGCGGUGUUCAAGACAUUGAAGAAAGUAGCGAGAGUGGGUCCAUGAAGUUUAGGACCGAAGUGGCUACCUUUAUGAAGACAGUUGUGGAAGAGUUGGUUAAGUUAGGAGUGAAGGAGCUCGACGAUAAACUGAAACCACCACCUAACGCAGAGAGCAGUAACAAGUCAAACUGUAAGAGAAGCAGAUCAUCGAGGUUGAGUCUUUAUAUUUAUUGUUUUGUUGUUGUUGGUUAUUUGGUGGUAACAUCAAAAAACUUCUCUCGAAUAUUGGACGCUACCUCUCAUCUAACACGGACGGAGUAGAGAAAUCGUGACUCUUUUUUUUCUU